CGGGCGCGCCCUGCGCCCCGGGCGCCCGCGUGUGGAGCGCAGCCCGCGGCUCCCCAGGGGCGCGCCUGUCCCCGCGGCCGCCUCCCCGCCGCGUCCCCGGCACAUUCUUUCGUCUCCCCCGCCGCCUCCUUUCUUUACCCCUCCCCUCUCUCUUUCUUUCCCCGUCCCUCCCUUGUUCUCUCCCGCUCCUCUUUCUUUCCCCGGCUCUCUUCUUUCCUCUCCAUCCUCCUUUUCCUUUUCCCGUCUUCCCUCAAGUCUGGGCUUCAGCCCCCCGCCUCUAUCUCCUUUGCUUCCUUGGCCUCCUUUCCCCGCUCUUCUCGCCUCUCGUCCUUCGCUGUCUUUGUACACGUGCCUGACUUGGAACGCACGGGUCUGUUUUCUGGACGCUGCUGCCCGGGAAGGUAUUGCACAGCGAUGUACAGCUAUCAAGUACCACUUUUCUCAGCCGAUACGCUUACGAAACAUUCCUUUCAACUUGACCAAGACAAUCCAGCAAGAUGAAUGGCACCUGCUUCAUUUAAGAAGAAUCACUGCUGGCUUCCUGGGCAUGGCUGUGGCCGUCCUGCUCUGUGGCUGCAUUGUGGCCAUGGUCAGCUUCUUCUGGGAGGAAAGCCUGACCCAGCAUGUGGCCGGACUCCUUUUCCUCAUGACAGGAAUAUUUUGCACCAUUUCCCUCUGCACUUACGCCGCCAGCAUCUCCUAUGAUUUGAACCGGGUCCCGAAGCUAAUUUAUAGCCUGCCUGAUGAUGUGGAACACGGCUACAGCUGGUCUAUCUUUUGUGCCUGGUGCAGUUUAGGCUUUAUUGUGGCAGCUGGAGGUCUCUGCAUCGCUUACCCAUUUAUUAGCCGGACCAAGAUUGCACAUCUAAAGUCUGGCAGAGACUCCACGGUAUGACUGUCCACACUCAAGUCCACUGCUUGGUGGCCCGUCCACAGUGCGGACGAACCUUGAAGGGGACGGAGCAGAGUCUGAGUCAGGAUCCCAAGCACAAAAUCGGUCUUGUACAUUCCAGCCUGUUGCCUGCCAGCCCCUUCUGGAUGACUGAUGUCAAAUCAUGCAGAACCUCCAUACCUUUCUAAGGACAAGACUACUGUGGAUUCAACUGCUUUAAUGACUAUUCAUGCUUUGACGGCGAGGAGUAGGGAGCAGAGCCAUGGAACAUUUCUGGGUUCAGAAAAAGAGGAAACCGCAAUGGAAAAAUUUGUAUGAUUGCCAUUUAUUUCAGAGAGUUUGUACAUAACAAUUACCCGAGAGUCAUUUCUAUUUGCAAAAGGAUUCAUGACAAAGCGAGUAUAAUUUUCUUGUCAUUGUACCAUGCUUGUUAAAUUUAAUGCAGCACCUUCAGAACUUGUCCUUAUGGUGUCUUGUUGUGUCAGCACCAAACAUUUGUGCAUUAUUUGUGGAUGCUUUUUGUCACAGGGAGAUUCUUCUGUUGCCUUAUUUAUUUUUAAUUGAAGUCUCUUCUCCAUCUCUGUACUGGAAUCAAAAUCAUAAGAGAAACAGAUCAACCCUGGAAGAGCUAACCUGUAAUGCUAUGCAGUAUUGUGAGAAGUCAUAUCUGUCGUUCGACCUGUCUCUUUACGUUAACUGGAUUUCUGCAUUAAAUGACUGCCCCCUUGUUAAUCUGGGUGUGUUUCCCUGUCUUUCAGCCGUGGCAGUAGGUCUCCCUAGCCAUUCGGACAGGUGAGAACUCUUUGUUUUUAAGAGACUUGCUUCAUCUCAGUUAGGUUGGUCAUUUCUAUUUAUCAUUUGUAGCAAUCACACACAUGCUCUUGACAAUAGAGAUCAUUUUCCAAGCUUCUUUUAAAACCUUACCAUAGUAUUUUGAGUUUUCUUCUCUCCCUCUUCGUCUGUGUUUACCAUCUGCCUGGUAUUUAGCCACUGAUAAGGAUUCACAGUCUCUGGCCAUAUCCUUGAACCUCCUACCCCAGUGGGUUUCAGCCUUGGCUGCACAUCCGAUCACCUGGUUAAUCAUCUUCACCUUUGCCUGAACUGGGCCCCACCCCAGACCAAUUGACUUAGAAUGUCUGCAGCUGGGCCUGGGCUUGAGUAUUUUUCAAAAAAAAAAAAUCUCAUAAUUCUGAUAUUCAUUUGGGAUUUAGAGCCACUGUACUGGGUCAGAGCUACAGUUAUCUCCUUGGUAGCUAAUAUUUACUUAGCACUUACUGUGUGCCAGUAACUGGGCUCUGUUUUUUCCAGGUAUAAUUGCAUUUAAUCCUCUCAAAAGCUCUAUGAGGCAGUGUUGGGCUGCACCCUG